GCCCUUUGGUUCCUGUUCCAAAAUGACAAGCCUGGCGAGUAGGCAUGUGCGUACAGCAGACGCUCACACAUAGGCGAGAGAAACUUUCCAGCGGAGCCCUCGGGGCGGCUAGUCAGACGUGGCGAAACACCCAGUUCACUCUCAUUUGUUUUUUGCCCUCUGCUGGUCUUUCGUAUUCGUUUGCCUUUCGUCUUCAUACAGAAGAUUUGACAUCCAAUGCGGUGCUGUGAACCAGACGCUAAAGCGGUGGUGCCGGAGCUGUGAUGGGGGAAACUGAAGGACGUCAUCUGACUGUGUACUAGCUGGUCCGCGACUCAUCAGAAUCAUGGCCUACGUGUUGUUUGCUGUCAUCCUAUCACUGCUGAUGCCAAUCUGUUUAUCAAGUCACAGCAAUUUUGAGGGAAUCCACUACAUUGAGAGCUUAAACAUUAGUGAAAGUGAAUGUAAAAAGGCUUGUGAUUUACCUUUAAAGAAUAAUGAGAAGUGCAACUGGUCUACAUACAUCUCUGGGAUGUGCCACACACUGUACUGCAAAGAUAAAGGGGCCUGUCAGGAUUUAACUUCAGAAGAUAUCACACAGAUCCAAAUGAAAACCUCUGAUGUGCCAUCUGAAUCAUCACCGUCUUCAACAGAAAAAAACAAUCCUGCAAAAGCCACAGCAUCAAAGAAAACCGAAGAGACAGGCACCGCUAACUUAGACCCUUCUAAAAAACCUCCACAGCCAACAAGCAAGACGUCCAGCUCUGCUGCCCCAUCUUCUAGACCCACAACUCAGUCCACUAAUGUCACCAAACUGGCCACCCAGGGCCAGUCCACAGUUUUGACCACUUUUUCACCAUCUUCAGACAAGAAGAGUGUUCAGACAACUGAGACUGCAGAGGUGAACAAAAAAAUGCAACCUCCCGACAAUCCAAAGAAGAUGAUACCCCUAACAUCUACAAGUACGUUUUUACCUAAAGUGAACCCAACAGAUCACUUUCCAGCAGCCAUCCUUACUUCCAGCACAGAGCCAGCAGAUAAUAAAGGAGAACAAAACAGAAUCAAAACUCCCCAUACUCUGGUGACUACAAUGGAAACAUUAACUACAAAAGAGCAUGGCACUACUGUGCCAGUAGUGCAACCAGGGAUGACCCCAACCACCAAGGAGCUGACGGUCAAAACGGCCGCCCCUACCGCCAAGGAGGUGACGGCGGCCGCCCCUGCCGCCAAGGAGGUGACGGCGGCCGCCCCUGCCGCCAAGGAGGUGACGGCGGCCGCCCCUGCCGCCAAGGAGGUGACGGCGGCGACGACGACGACGACCAAAACAGCCACCCCUACCACCAAGGAGACGACGACGACGACCAAAACAGCCACCCCUACCACCAAGGAGACGACGACCAAAACAGCCACCCCUACCACCAAGGAGACGACGACGACGACCAAAACAGCCACCCCUACCACCAAGGAGACGACAACGACGACCAAAACAGCCACCAAUACCACCAAGGAGACGACGACAACGACCAAAACAGCCACCAAUACCACCAAGGAGACGACAACGACGACAACGACCAAAACAGCCACCAAUACCACCAAGGAGAUGACGACCACUCCAUCUACCAAGAAAACCAUACUUACCACUGAAAAGAUAUUGCCAUCAAUCAUGACCUCAGCUGUACCAAAUAAUUUAAGAACCUCAGAAGCAACAGACCAGCCUAAAAUAGUCUCUAAAGUCGUUCCUGAAGCAACCACAGAAAUAAGAGAGCCUGUAGAGGAUAAAGGUGGCUCUCUGUCAGUGGGGCCUCUGGCUACACAAGUGGUGGACACAGGCUCUCUUCUUGCGGUGUUUCUCUUUGGCCUUCUUUUCUUUCUUGUUAGUGUCGGCCUUUUCGUUUCACAAGCUUAUGAAAGUUACAAAAAGAAGGAUUAUACACAAGUGGACUACUUAAUUAAUGGUAUGUAUGUGGAUUCUGGCGUGUGAGUGCCAGGCCAGACGCCUUGAACAACGAUCAAAAGCAGACUCCGGCCAGGGUGCUCAUAGUGAUCACAGUUUUCCUUGUGCUUCCAUACUCGGAGUCUCUGAAGCCUUGGACAGUCCCCUUGGGAUUGUCCACCUCCUUGCAUAAGCCAUACCGUUUUUUGUUUUUUCUAAUAACUUAAAUAGAUUUUGCGUUAUUGACAUACAAUGGGACUUAUGGUAACUUGCACACGGAUUAUUUUUUCAGAAGCCUUUUCACAAAAGGAAGAUGUUGCUCUUAUGUGAUUUGCAUUUAAAGCAUUAAAAUUAAUUAUCUUUUGUCAAUUUACGUAUUUCAGACAGAGCAGCAACUUCAAGACCGUAAACUAACGUGCCAACUGCAGUAAGUCGCCAAGGGUUUGUUACUGAAAAAAAUUAAUAAUGUUAAAAAUACGUUGUAUUUUGCAAUAAAAGAUAACAAAUGUGCCAGA